UGAAUUAAUAAUUAUGUUAUAUAGAUUUUCUAGUUUUAACUGUAAAGGUGUGAAGCGCUCUGUGGAUACUGUUAGAGAGCUGUGUCAGAACUCAGACUUGGUUGCUGUGCAGGAAACUUGGCUUAUGCCUGAUGAUAUAGCCUAUCUCGAUACUAUUGACUACAACUUCUGCUCCACGGGCACCUCGGCAGUGGACACAGCGGCGGGCAUGCUGCGCGGGCGGCCCCACGGAGGUGUGGGUCUUCUGUGGCGACGUACGGCGUUUCAAAGUGUUUCCGUAGUGCAGUGCAGUAAUAUGCGUUUGUGUGCGGUAAAGAUAAUGACUAACGAUAAUCGUCACCUUAUUGUGGUAAGUGUGUAUAUGCCCACCGACUGCAGUGAAAACUUAGCCGAGUUCACAGACUGUUUGGGCGCGGUAAGUGCAAUAAUAGAAGAGCACGGCAUAGAAUCGGUAUUUUUAAUGGGGGACUUUAACGCCCACCCCAAUGAACGGUUUUACAAUGAAAUGAUUAACUAUUGCAACGAGCAAAAAUGGUGUUGUGUAGACGUUAAUAAUCUAGGGAUAAACUCAGAUACGUAUACAUUUAUCAGUGACGCACAUCUGUGCAGACGUUGGCUUGAUCAUUUCGUGUUGACACAGGCUGCGGUACCAUCUGUGCGCAAAGUAUAUGUCAAGCAUUGUGUUACCUGGUCGGACCACCUCCCUAUAGUUUUAGAAUGUGAUUUGGACAUUAUAGUACCUAAAAUAACUAGCGAAAUAAACAAAGACAAUAAAAAUGUAAUAUGGGGGGAAAGAACGAUGGAACAAAUUGACUUGUAUAAUAAAGAGUGUCAUAAAAGACUACGUUUAAUUGAGUUCCCAUCUGACUUACGGCAGUGUGGGGAUAAGUGUUGCCGGGAGCCUAGUCAUAGACAUGUGUUGAACGCGUUAUAUAACGACAUUGUUUUUUCUCUAAGAACGGCUGCGACUGUUGGUAGGGAGGAAAAACAGUGUAAAGCUAAGCAACGUAUUGUAGGCUGGAAUAGGCAUGUUAAAGAAGCUCACAUGGUUGCCAGACAAUGGUUUAAUGAGUGGAUUGUGUUUGGGAAACCCACAAACGGUAUUUUAUACAGAAAGAUGUGUGAAACUCGUAAGAUCUUUAAAUCACGGUUAAAAUGGUGUCAAGAUCAUCAAAAGCAAAUCAAACUUGAUAUCAUAAGCUCACACCACUCGAAAAAACAUAUUAAAUCCUUUUGGAAGUCCACAAACAAAUUAAAACCCUUGACUGGCCUACCCAGUGGAGUCGAUGGUGUGAGUGACCCUAAAACGGUUGCUAAUUUAUUUAGGGACCAUUUUGUAGUCAAGUCUCCCUUAGGUCCUACGAUGCCGGAGGGAUUCGAUGGAGAUACCUGUAGUGAGGACGUAGGACCUAGAAUUACUGCCAGAAGCAUAGAUAAGGCUAUCAAGUCUAUGCACAAAGGUAAGUCCCCGGGUCACGAUGGUCUCUCCAUCGAGCACCUGCAGCAUGCCGGGCCCCACAUAUCAAGGUUGUUAGCCAUGUUUUACACUCUGUGUAUUCGCCACUCAUACCUUCCUGAUGACCUAAUGCGGACGAUUGUUGUUCCUGUAGUUAAAAACAAAACUGGGGAUUUAGCAGACAGGAAUAACUAUCGGCCAAUAUCGUUAGCGACAAUUAUUGCAAAAAUACUUGACAGUGUGCUUAAUUCACAGUUGAGUGAACGUGUAGAGCUGCAUGAUAACCAAUUUGGUUUCCGGCCAGGAUUAUCCACGGAAGCGGCAAUACUGAGUCUUAAGCACACUGUGAAGUACUAUACUACCAGGAGGACACCUGUUAUUGCUUGUUUUUUGGACUUGUCCAAGGCUUUUGACCUGGUUUCCUACAAAAUACUGUGGAAAAAACUUGAGGACACAGGUCUUCCACCAGAAACUGUAAAUAUCCUUAAGUAUUGGUAUGGGAACCAGGUCAACAGUGUUCGAUGGGCAAACGCAAUGUCUGACGAAUAUAGGUUGGAGUGUGGAGUGAGACAGGGGGGUUUGAGCUCACCGACACUGUUCAACCUAUAUAUUAACGGGUUAAUUGAGACGCUCAGCAAUACGCAUGUCGGAUGUCAUAUAGAUGGGGUAUGUGUUCUAUGUGGGGGGUGUGUUCUUGAGUUAUGCAGACGAUAUGGUGUUGUUGAGCGCGUCAGUGUGUGGGAUCAGGCGAAUGCUGAAAAUUUGUGAAGCGUAUGCAACUGACCACGGCCUCAAAUAUAAUGGGAGCAAGAGUCAGUAUAUGGUUUUUGAGACUGACCGCAAAAAUACAAUCGAGCUUCCAUCUAUAUACCUUAAUGACGCUCUUUUGGAAAGAGUUGAUUCCUUUAAGUACUUGGGGCAUAUAGUUGCGGUCGAUCUCAGAGACGAUAUGGACUUGGAGAGAGAGCGAAGGGCCCUGUAGGUCCGGGCGAAUAUGAUCGCUCGAAGGUUUGCAGGAUGCUCUAUAGAGGUGAAAGCAACAUUAUUCAGAGCUUUCUGCACUUCCCUCUAUACCUGCUGCCUGUGGGCGCAGUAUACGCAACGGGCUUAUGGGGCCCUCCGUGUACAAUACAAUAACGCAUUCAGGGUGUUGAUGGGACUGCCCCGUUUCUGUAGCGCGUCAGGUAUGUUCGCUGCGGCGCGCGUAAAUUGCUUUCACACGGUAAUGCGCGGGCGCACCGCAUCCUUGAUGCGUCGGGUGCGGAGCAGUCCCAACAUCAUUCUGAAGAUGAUAGCCGAGAGGGUGGAUUGUGUAUAUUUAUCACACUGUGGAAGAUUACACUCUCCCACUAGUAGUGUCAAAUGGUGAAGCCCUUUAAUAAAUUAAGAUUUUUAAAAUUUAGAAAUUUAGAUUUUUAGUUAGUUUUAGUUAGUUUAAGAAGAUAUGUGUCUCUUGUUACACGAAAUAAAAGAUUUUUAUUUUUAUUUUAUUUUUUAUUUAAGGCGUUUUUCUUUGGCUUUGUCGAUUAUUUGCGUGACUCUAAAACUUCCCCAAAUGUACUCAUUCCAGAUCUUAUCUAAGAGUAUGACGUUAGCUAAUCAUCGUAGCAUAUAGGGUAUUUAUUACCUCUCAAGCCUAAAUACGACGUAAACAAACUGAGGGGGUUGUAAUGAAUAGUCAUUAGGAAACCACAACGGGGCCCCGAAUGCAUUUGUCCUGUUUAUUAAAUGAAAGGUCCUGGAAGGGUACCUGUUAACAGUUUCUAAUUAUUUUCAUUGUUUAUCUGUUACAUUGUUUUCAUUAAUUUUGCGUAGUACAUAUAGUUCGUAGUUUAGCUACAAUGUAUUAUGUACAUUUGAUAUAUCAUUUGUGAUGUGUUAAAGCGCCGUGUACAGGCCUAGGCCGAUUUGUGGUAUUACUUAUCAAUUGAACUUUAUGUAAUAGAAUAAAAUAAUAGUAUUUUAUGCAAUCGUGAUGUAAUAGAGAGCUUUUCAGUCGAGUACCUUGUUUAGGUAACGAAAUUUGCUGAGUUGCCUAAGUAAGGUACGAGAUUUUAUUUUCUUUGUAUUUUUCUACGAGUUAUCUAAAAUUACAUAUUUUUUACUAUAACUAAAUAAAUCGUUUUGGAGGCCAAGACCCUCUUUGGAUCACUGCGCCACAAUAGUUAGUUAGUUAGUUAGUUACCUAAAUAAUAAGUGAAAAUUGGUAAGUAUCUCAGUAGACAAAAAUGUAGACAUUAACGAGCGACUUCCAGCACUACCACAUCUCACAGUGGGAGUCGAAUCGCGCGUGAGGUAGUCUAUCACCUCUUUCUAAAUAAUACAAUAAAUUGUACAUUGCUAAAGAGAUGGAUGCUAAGUCGUUAAUUCCGAAUACGAUUUUUUUUUUAAAUUUUUUUUUGUAUUAUAAACACAAAUCGCCUGGGCUUUUUUCACCAAACAAGUACGUAAGUCACAGUAGUUUCAAUCCAACUAACUCGCAAGUUCACCUUUUAUUCGCAUGAAACCUUAAAAUGCAAUCCUUCCAAAUCCGGGCUAAGAAAUUGAAUUUGCUCCCGUCUUCAUAUAUUCCAACUUGAUUGGGUAUCUUUAAGGUACGAGUGCAUAGAUACCUAUAUAUA